AUGAGCGCCACGAUUCUGCCAUCUCAGGGUUUCAAGCUUAAUAUAUUCUCCCUUUGGACGACGUGCAAAAGUUCACGAGAUGAAAGUUCAAAACUCCCAACAGUUCAUGCCCAAAAGGAAAUCAUCAAAAAAUUGUCUAAUGACCAUCUUGAUAAUGACUUUGAAAACAUGUUGAAUUAUGCAACCAGCAAAACACUCUUCCAGUUGGUAUUCAGUGCGAGUAGACAGCAAUUAACAUUUAAGUUUCUACAAGUCGAUGAAUCAGUGUUUAAUGUUAAGUUUUAUUCUGGCGAGUGUCAAAUCUCGUCGAGACAUUCACAAGUUGAUUUGCAUAUGUCACACAUGUUGGGAACAAAAUUUCUUUUCCUGCUUUGUUUUUCUUUUACAAGAAAAGAUAAAGAAAAUUUGAAUGAAGUUUAA